UUCAGAGAGAAUGUCGCCAGUUCACCUCUCAGUCAGUUCCAGACAUGGCAGCGCUGAAACAGGAGCAUCGGUAUGGACUCUCCUGUGCAAAGCCCCACAAAAACACUCCCAACAGAACUAUCUAUCACGUCAAGCUGACCGACACAGCCAUUCGGACGCUGGAAGCCUAUCAGAACCUGAAGGGAUCCUUACCAAAUCAGCCGGCAAUUUGUUUCAAGGGGAACCAGGGGUAUAUCAAGAUUCCUGCUCCCACUGCGGACUCCCCGGAUGCCCUACGUGUCUUUUCCUUUUACCUGUCCAGUGACAGCAAGGACAAACCUCAAGCCAGCUUUGACUGUAUUCACCAGUAUGUCUCUGGGGAUGGCAGGGACCACUUGGAGGGCCAGGGCAGUAUUCAGGACAAGAUCACGGUGUGUGCCACGGAUGACUCCUACCAGAUGACCCGUGAGCGCAUGUCUCAGGUGGAGAAAGACAUCUUGAGUCGAUCAGCUAUCGAGAUCAAACCCGGGUCCACGCAUCCAAGUAAAUGUGUUCAGAUUAAGAGGAAGCAGGGGCUGCCAGGCAGCUUCGAUGGCACUAACAGACAUUCACCCAGCAACAAGAGGAGCUCAGCGCCCAGUGCGGUGGCCCACAGACCCUUAAGAGAACGUGUCAUUCACCUGCUGGCCCUAAAGCCCUACAAGAAACCAGAGCUGCUGCUGUGGCUGGAGAGAGAGCGAGCCAGUCCCAAGGACAAAGCUGACCUGAGCGCUGUGCUGGAAGAGGUGGCAAAACCAAACCCCAAAGACCACAGCUUCACUCUGAGAGACGACUUCUACAAGCAAGUUCAGAGGGACUGGCCUGGCUACAUGGAGGAGGAGAAGCAGCUUAUCCACAGGCUUCUAGCCAGAAAGCUUCAGCCUCUUAGCAGCAGUAGCCAGUUGAAGACCUUCCAGUCCAACCAUUCAUUCCACAAAACCACAGGGGAUUCUCCGUCCCAGCUUAGCCCAGUCAAGAAUCUCUCUGUGAAACGCCCAGUGCCUUCUGACCACCUGGAAAGUCAGACUCCGAAGAAGCAGAAACAAACUCCUUCCAAUGGACAUCUGAGCUCCUCCAUAGGCCAUAAUUCAUCGGGCCCUGGAAGCUCCAGUGUUUUGAACAAAACAGAGCUUGAGAAAACCAACAGUGUUCAAGGCAGCCCCAUUGGCCUCUAUCAGAGGCACAAGCUUAGCGAAUCUAGUGGUAUCCAUAAAUUGGAACGGUUGGAACCUGAGUCACCAGUGUUGGCCAGCUCCAAACCCCCAAGAACUGAACUCCCUAUCUGCACUGACCAGCAGCUAGCCAACAGCCAGCACAAAAAGAAGAAGUCCAAGAAGCACAAAGAGAAGGAGCGAGAGCGCUUAAAACCUGAAUGGGUUGAGACUAGCCCGGACCUAAAGCAUAACCAGGAAAAUCUUGUGGACCAUGAGAGCCCCAACACACCUGUGACCCGUGCUUCACCAGAGGAACUGCCAGACUAUUUAUUAAAAUACAGCACUAUAACUGACUCAGAACAGCGGCAGCAGUACAAGGAGGAUUUCUGUGCAGAGUAUGAUGAGUACAGAGACCUCCAUGAGCGGAUCGGGAAAGUCACUGAAAUAUUUGUCCAGCUGGGGUCCAAGAUAAAGACACUGUCACCUGGUAGUCAAGAGUACAAGGUAAUGGAAGUUCAAAUACUAGAGAAGUACAGGAAAUAUAAGAAGAAGUUCCCCGGUUACCGGGAAGAGAAGAAACGUUGCGAGUAUCUCCAUCAGAAACUGUCCCACAUCAAAGGCUUAAUUCUAGACUAUGACCGCACUCACACCCCCUCCUAGUGCUGGCUCUCCCUCUUCUUUCUUCUAUCGUCGUUAACUGGCCAUACGGACCAAAAGACUCCUCAGUGGAGAUGAAGCAGGAGCAAAUAUGGUUCCUUUUGGAAGAACCUGACCAAGCAUUUCCACUUCCUCCUCUGCACAAACGGUGGUGAAGCUGGCGUUAGUGGAUCAAAGCCCAAACCUUCUCACACAGGCUGAGACCUCCAAGACGUGAACAACCCACCCCCCACUCCCCCCUUAAUGCAACAUGCAUUAACUCUGGGCUUACCCCUUCUCUUGUAGGGUUAUGAGCUCAUUCUAUGGUACAAUCAUAAUGACUGGACAGUAAAAGUAGAUGAUCCCUACCCUGCCAGCUGUGUCUCUGUGCACAGAUUCUAUUUUGCUAUUUUACUGAAUGUACAUUUGUAAACUUGUAAGAUCAUGACUUCUAUUAUAGAGGGUUUUAAUCACUGGAUAGAAUAAGGGAAACGUGAAAUAUUAGAAGAUCUGGGGCAACCCUGCCAAACUCAACAUUGGAAAUGUAGUGAAGGGCCUUAAAUCUCAGCUGUCUCCUGCUUUUUAUAGGUUGUAUCUGGGUCUCACUACUACUUAUCUGGCAUAUGUUUCAGACAGAAGUAAUGUGAUGCAACUAGAGGAAAGGUAUGAUAAAACUGGAAUAUCAAGGAGCAAUUAUAAAGCCCUUCGAUCUCAUGUUUAGGGUCGAAUUCCCAGACUCAGGUUAAGCCUAGCACUGGACCAAAAAAGUAAUGAAGAGUAAUUUUAAUAGAUUUCUCAGUUUUAUUUGGUCCAAUCACUAGACCCAAUCUGUGUUGGGGAGACUGCAGCAAAAGGGUACCACAGUGGUAAUAAUACCAUGAAUUCUGUGUCCACGGUCCAGUGCUCAAACCACUACAGCACACUGUGUCCUUACAUUAUUAUUAUUAUUAUUAUUAUUAUUAUUAUUAUUAUUAUUAUUAUUAAUAAACUCUUUCACAGCAUACACAAUCAUGUUUUUAAAGCACAUUAAUUUUCAGGCGUUUUGGAUUGUUUAUCUAUGUUCUCUGAAGUUUAUUAUUUUGUUGGCCAUCUAUUUCAUUGAGCCAAUGUCAAUUUAAGUUUUUGUGAAAAUGUAGCGAUUCAUGAGUCACAUCUACUCUCCUAAAGGCUGGAUAUUUCAUGAUUUAAAAAAAGUGAAAGAAGGGUCUAUUCUGCCUGUCUUUAUUUUGAUGGUGUUAUCAGUUCUAUUGGUUGUACAAAUGGGGUUUAUGAUUACUAUCACGUACAGUUAUAAAGCGUCAUAUCUUCCAAAACCGGUAUCUCCAAAAUGAAAAACCCCAAACCUGCCUCUAAUGAACUGCCCUCCUGCUGAAUUUACUUCCAGUCACAAGUAGCACACGUUCCUCAAGUAUUUAGAUGCUUCUUAAGAUUUUGCUUAUGUCAAAUAUGUAACCUGUGUUGUGUUGCCUUUGGAACUUAACUGUGCAGUAAGGGCAGCUCUCUGGGAGCAGGCUUGGUGAUGACCGCUCUAAACCCUGAUAUCAAGUUGCAGUUUAUAUUUGACACUUUGAUUUAUUCUGACGCCUGUUAGAAACUUUCCAUCAAAAUUUGAUGUUGCCCCUUAAUUGGGUUCCUUUUAAUAUUGUACCAGCACUGAAACCAAACAAAAUGAUAGUCUUAUUCUUGUGGACUGGUGGGUUGUUCCUGUAUGUCCACUUUUGUACGAGUCCUCAUGAUCAGAGUUCUACUGACUCUACCCAGUUGCCUCACAUGCAAUUUUGGAAGUAUUUUUGUGUCACUUUCGUGCUUUGACAUUUCUCUUACAGAGACAGCUAAGUUGUUAUUUAUGUCCCUGCAGUGUUAGUUCUCUCUACUUCUCAGUCCAAAUUUGAUAUCUGCGUGGAAGCUGAUAGAAUUGCCAAAAUAGCGUAGGUCUCUCUUUUUUUUUUUUUUUUUUUUGGUUCGAUUUUUGUUUGCUUGUUUGUUAUUUUUGUUGUAAAAGUUUAUGAUGUUUUAUUCCUUCAGGUGCUACUUCAUGUAUUGAUGUAGAUGCCUUAAAUAAACUGGACCGCAUUAACUUGACAUGCAUUGCGA